AUGCGGGUGUGUCCAGCUGUGCAUGUGCCCACGGGGCAGGCCGCUGCAGCUGACGGUAUGCCGGUCCACUGGUGCAGUAUGCACUACAGCGUGUCUGAGGACUUCUCCAAGCCCUUGAGCGGGUCUUUGCACCUCAUGGGUAGAGAAUUGUACGAUGAGUAUGCCACUGUCUUGGCCCACAGUUACAACCACUGGGGCCUCCAGAUUUUGCAGUCAGGUGGGGCCCUGGUUACACCUCCUGUGGCUCAGUCGCACAGCUGCCUGGUUGUUGACUGGAGGCAUUCAGCAGUGCUCACUGGGAUUUUGCUGUUGUGGCCCCAACCCUGCCUCCCUCCCCACCCUGCGAUGUCAGAAAAAACACAACAGGGGAAAUUGGCCACAGCCAAGAAAAAGCUAAAACAAUUAUGGCAGAGGAAGAGCCCUGGCAUUCCAGGAGGAAAGCAGAUCAAUAGCAGUAGCCCUGACGCAUCCACUUCUUGUGGUUACCACUCACCUGGGGAUUCAGCAACAGGUGUCUACAGGGAGGGCCCUGCGUCAUCUACCCUGAAGGAUCUGGAGAGCCAGCACCAACAACUAGAGGUAGCCCUGGAUUCAAGCUCCACAAUAAUCGGCCAACUCAGCGAAAACAUCAAUUCACUGGGAAGAGCUCCUCGCAUGUUGAAGGAGUGGAAGCAACAGUUGCAGAAGCUUGGGAGGAGCUUGUUCAAGUUAAAACACCAGACGGCUGAACCCCUGGCCCCAGAGCCCCCAGCAGGGCCCUCUGAGGUGGAGCAGCUACAGGCUGAGACCAACCAUCUAAGAAAGGAGCUGGAGAGCAUGGGAAGACGGCUCCAGGCCGAGGUGGAAAACAACAAGAUGCUGAUUCUCCUGAACACCAGACACAAUGAGAGGCUACGUAGAGCAGAGAAGAGGAUACGUGAACGGGAGGAGAGUAUACACGAAUGGGAGGAGAGGAUAUAUGAAUGGGAUCUGCAUAUAUGGGAACAGGAGGAGAGGCUAUGUGAAUGGGAAGAGAGGCUACAGGAACGGGAAGAGAGGCUGCAUCAGCGGAAGAAGCUGCCACGGCAGGAGAGGCCGCGGGAGCUGGAGAGGAUGCUGGAGCCGGGGUGGGAAGCCUUCGAUGAGGAGUGGGACGAGCCAUCCAGCGCCUCGGAGGACCUGAACAAGACCCUACAGCUGGUGGAGCAGAAAGUAAAGGAGAAGAAGCCGGGUGGAGCUGAAGAGCCAAGAGGCUCAGAGUCUGCAGCAGCAGCCAGACCACUACCUGUGUACCGCUCUGGGAGCCCCAAUCCCACAGGAGCUGGGGUGUUGCUGACAAGCAGGGUGGACUCCCCAGGCUUGGGUGGAGAAGCUGUUGGUACAGGAGAGGCGGCAGGAGGAGCAGGAGAGGCUGCAUGCCAUUCUUUUCGGGCUGCCAAGAACGGGAAGAGACAUCUUCUUCAAGAGCUGGACGGGAUGGACUUGUCUGACCCGAUCAGCUGGCAUGUGGAGAGAAAGCAGAGAGAAAACAGGAGAGAGAAAAGCGAGCGGAUUGCUGGCUGGGAGCUGGAUACCCUGCCCUGGCAGCAUGACUCAGACUGCACAACAGGGAGCGGAGAAGCAUCCAGUCCUCGGGAGGACCGAGAAAGGAAGGCGAUCCAGGGCCGUGGAACAAUGAGGAAGUGGGGGAUGGCCGCCGCCCGGGUCCCCCACUCAGUCCGCGGGCCGGAGACUUGUCAGGACGGCAGAUGGAUAGAUGCUGGGACAAAGUCAUCCUUGGGCCGCGAGACGUCUGACCUUCUGCUGGUGUCUCAGAAGAUGCUAGCUCUCCGUGGCAUGUCUUCCACGCGGUGCUUGGUGAGCAGUGGCCUCUAA